GGAAAUUUAGGAUCUUUAGGUGCAAUUGAGGUAACCUGCACCGUGACGUCUCAACCGGAAAGCUGCACCUUCCAUUCGACACUCCCACAUUACGUCACGACGGAUUGACCAAACCCGGAAGUGAAGAUGGCGACCGCCUACGAGAGGUUCAACCUGCAUGCAACUUCUGAGAAGUUCUACAUUGAGGCCUGUGAUGAUGGAGCUAAUGAUGUGUUGGUUAUUGAUAGGGUGUCCACCGAGAUGACCCUCGCAGGUAUUAAGGACAUCCCUCCAUCAGGCGUAACCAGGCCGAUUUGUGGAAUCAUGGGAACUAUUCGCCUUGUGGCUGGGAUGUACCUCAUAGUCAUUACCCGGAAGAGGAAAGUGGGCGACCUGAUUGGCCACACUGUAUGGAAAGCGGUGGAGUUUGAUGUGAUUUCUUAUAAGAAGACCAUUUUGCACCUCACAGAUACUCAGAUGCAAGACAACAAGACGUUUCUGACUAUGAUUAGCAAUGUACUCAACACAGACGGUUUCUACUUCUGCACGGACUAUGACCUGACCCACACCCAACAGCGCCUGUCCAACACCAGCUCGGACUUCCAGGAGAUGAGCCUGCUGGAGAGGGCAGACCAGAGGUUCAUGUGGAAUGGAAACCUUUUAAGAGAAAUCAUCUCACAGCCUGAGCUCCAUAAAUUUGCAUUUCCUGUCAUCCAUGGAUUUAUUGUGAUGAAGCCAUGCUGCAUUAAUGGGAAGGUGUUUGAGUGGAUCCUCAUCUCUAGACGGAGCUGUUUUAGAGCGGGGGUCCGAUAUUAUGUCAGAGGCAUUGACUCUGAAGGACAUGCUGCUAACUUCGUUGAGACAGAACAGAUAGUCCAGUACAAUAAUGCCAGGGCGUCCUUUGUGCAGACUCGAGGCUCCAUGCCCUUUUUCUGGUCUCAAAGACCCAACCUGAAGUACAAGCCCAAGCCACAGAUAAGCACCGAAACCAAUCAUAUGGAUGGAUUCAAGAGGCAUUUUGAGUCACAGGUUCUCAUUUACGGCAAACAAGUGAUUCUAAAUUUGGUGAAUCAGAAAGGAUCUGAGUUGCCCCUUGAACAGGCCUUCGCCAAAAUGGUCAACGGCAUGGAAAACGGACUCAUCAAGUACAUAGCCUUUGACUUUCACAAAGAGUGCAGUAAGAUGAGAUGGCAUCGCCUCCAGAUUCUUGUUGAUGCAGUCUCUGACAUGCAAGAUGAGUUUGGGUACUUUAUGGUGAGCUCAGAUGGGAAGGUGACGUCCGAGCAGUCUGGAACCUUCCGCAGUAACUGUAUGGACUGCCUGGACCGCACCAACGUCAUUCAGAGCCUGCUGGCCAGACGUUCCCUUCAGAGCCAGCUACAGAGGAUGGGUGUCCUCCAUGUAGGCCAGAAGAUUGAGGAACAGGCUGAUUUUGAGAAGAUUUAUAAAAACGCAUGGGCAGAUAAUGCCAAUGCCUGUGCUAAACAGUACGCAGGAACAGGAGCCCUGAAAACUGACUUCACCAGAACCGGGAAGAGGACUCACUGGGGCUUGGUAAUGGACGGCUGGAACUCAAUGAUCCGUUACUACAAGAACAAUUUUUCAGACGGGUUCAGACAAGACUCCAUCGAUCUCUUCCUUGGAAACUAUACGGUGGAUGAAACUGAUGGCUUGACGCCUCUGCAUGCGCAGAAGGACUGGAAGUUCCUUUUGCUCCCUGUUAUUAUGGUGGUGGCAUUCUCCAUGUGCAUCAUCUGUCUCCUAAUGGCUGGUGACACUUGGACGGAGACUCUGGCAUACGUGUUAUUCUGGGGAAUGGCCAGUGCUCUUACGGCUGCUGUUAUCGUGGUCAAUGGACGAGAGUUUGUUGACGCACCGAAACUGGUCCAAAAAGAGAAGAUGGAUUGAAUAUACAGACGUCCUUCCUUCUGCUCUCAGUUUCCUCUUCAUUUUCCUCCAAAAGUUUUUAUUGACCUUCUCUCCACACUGUCCUUAAACUUCUUCAGCAGAGCAAGUAUCCCUGUUUCCUGCUCCUAUAGAUGGAGCCUUUAAAACUUUAUUACCAGCCGGUAUUACCUUGUAAUUACACAUGAGUUACUGUCUGCACUACAGGUUUCCUUUGAAUCAUGGGACAUGGUGUCCAAUUUCCAUACUUGUUUAGUUGCAUCAGUUCAGAAUUGCACAUGGGUUGCACAAGAUCUCCAGCAUGUAAGUGCGUUGUGGACAUUGCAUCUUAUUUCAAAGGCUGCUGUGUUGUUACUUUUUGGAAAUCGAUCUAAAUAGACCAGUUGUGAAAUUAGAGUUAUUGUUUUGGCUCUAGAGUUUCUGCUUUAUGAAAUUGGACACCAGAUGUGUGCCCAUUGGCCCAGUCUAUGGGUUGACAGAUCAAUGAAGGUCUAUUCUAAUUAGAUUGCUAUGCAAGGGAAUGUUACAUAAUGCAUCAGUGGCUCAGCCCUUGGUUAUUACCAUUUCUGUCCUUUCAAAUCUAUCCUAAAAUCAGCCUUAUGCCUUGGUUAUAUUUUAAGCUGUUCUUUGCAGUGGCAGUUUGGGGUUUAAUGUGGUUUCCUUUUGUUCUGCCAGCAUGUUUAUGGUUUUGUAUCUCUCAUAAAUGAUAAAAUUAGACAGCUGUGGGCCGCACUAAGGGGAGAGAGAGAGAGGUACUGAGCACUGUUUCUUUAUGAGUUUACAGAAAAUGAACAGCACUUUCCUGUGUGACUUCUUUAUGUCUCUUCGUGGACCAAUGAAGACUAACAGAUAUAACACACAUAAAGUCACUCUUUAAUGGCUCUUUGAUUGCACUCCUCUUCAACGUUACCAGUUCAGUGGCAGUUCAUUAGACCGAAGUAGACUUCUAUCAGAUUACCUGUCAAAUGGGCUCACGCUUUUAAAUGAAUUAACUUAAACUGUACUGACAAUGGAAAAGGUAUUCGCUUUUGAUUCAAUUAUAUAGACAGGUGACUUCAUGAACGUCAUAUAUGAGAAUAAAAUUUCCGUUUUCUUCAUGUUCACUAGCAUGAUGCUGCAUUUCAAAAUGUCUUUAUCUUUAACCCACCAGUUUCCUUUCAUUUUGACACAUUUAGCAAGUUGUUAUUGGCAAAUGAAUUACUUUAAGGUCUUCCUUUUAAACUCAUUACUAUCUUUAGAACUGGAUGGUUAUCCGUUUGGUUUAAUGUAGACAAAGAAUGUAGAAUUUGAUGCCUUUAUAUCUGUGUUUGUAAUCAUCUGCAAAUGAUAAUGCAAGCUGCAAUGUGCAGAUCAACUUGGAAUUAAAAUGAAUGGAUGGAAACACAACACUAAUAAUUAAAUCAUGUACGUGUGAUGUUUACCUGUGUAAAUCUGAUGUGUAAACUUUACAUUGGGAAGAAAUUAAGAAUAUAUAUAUAUAUAUAUAUACAUAUAUAUAAAUAUGAGUGUGUCAUUGUAAUAAUUGUACUGUACAGUGUAGUUUACAACAUCAUAGCUUUAGCACUUUCUGAUUGAGUUAUUGAUCAAUCGAAGUGAUGUUACUUAUCACAUUCUUCCAUCGCAGGGUUGGAUGAAUAUGACUUCCAUUACCCUAGAUUAUGAACCGCAUCAUUGUAUUUCUGUGGUGCGAUGGUUUGAAGUGUGUUAAAUGACAUAUUAUCUAUAUUAAUCGUGUUUUGGUCUUGUUCCUGACAGUGUUUUAAAUACUGUUUAAUCUUCUCUCUCGUCUUGUUUGAUUAUGCCUCAACAUUACAGUGGGAUUUAUGAUUACUGUGGUCAGUCAGAAGUAUUCUUACCCAUGAUUUCAAGGGAAUAGUUUGUGAGACAUUUCAUCAGUUGUUUUUAAUAGUCUAUCAGUCUCUAACAUCUAGCCUACAGUUCUGAUGAAAAAAUCUGAAUCUUGGUAUUGUUUGGUUUUGAGUCAUUGAGGUGUUGUUAAUAAAUUCUAUCAUUAAA